GUCAUCCAUCCUUUAGUUGCCAAUUUAAAGGAAUAGUAGAAGUAAUACCGAUUUGAUGGCCCAAAACAAGCAGAUCAUUGUUGUGGUGGCUCUCCUUUUUCUUGUGGUGGCAACAUCAUCAUCAGUGUGGGUUGCAGAAGGAGCCGAUGACUUAAAAGUUGCUUGCGUUAAGGAGUGCACCCAAAAUUUUAACACUCCCGAGGGAAAGAAGAUCUGUGAAACGAUGUGUGCCAACCCUAAAGGAAGGCCUAUCGAUAGAGUUAGAGCUGAUUGAUCAAUGCUCAUCUUUAUUUGUAGCUAGCUAUCAUGCAUGCAAUGAUGGCCUUCUUGAUUAUUAUUAUUUCAUUCCUCAUGUUGUUUGUUCUUGCAUGUUUUUUCCACCACUAAUAUUGUCCUAAUUGAUGCAUACAUGUUGUCACUCAAAGCAUUUUCUAUGCUUUACUUAUUGGUUAAAUAAAUACAAAGGCUUCCUUUUACCUAUGAGCUAUGUUUAGUUCAUCGUACAUGUAUUUCAUUGGAAGAGGUGAUGUGGAGUCAACAAGAUCCUAUAUGGUGGGUAACACAUGUCAGUUCAAGUGAUGAGUUACCCAACAAGUUUUAUGAGUACUAGACGAGUGCUAUCCCUAGUCAACCGUCCUUGGGAAGUACAGAGAUCCGAAAGAAAAGAUAUACAAUAGUUUCUGCUAUACUUUGUAGUAUAUGUAAGUCUUGUUGUAACUAUUUUAUUUACAUAAGAAAGCAUUGUAUUUGAUUUCCUCCA